AUGGCGAUAGUGCCCGCGGCCAAGAGGCGCGGAUCCGGCGGAGCUUCCCAGCGCAGGCCACGGAAAUGGGCACCGGAGGAUACCUGCGACGGCGAAGACCUCAUCAGCGACCUCCCCGAUGCCAUCCUCGCCACCAUCGUCUCCCUCCUCCCCACCAACGACGGUGCCCACACGCAGAUCCUCGCCCGCCGGUGGCGUCCUCUUUGGCACGCCGCGCCUCUCAACCUCGACUCCUUGAACCUCCGCCGCCGCACAUUUUCGACAAAAAGGUACCUCGGCUUAAACCAAUUCAAGACCUUCUCCGUCGUUUCCAGGAUCCUCGCCGACCACCCUGGCCCCGUCCGCCGCUUCCGCUACGACGUCAUCAUCUGCCUACACAAGGACAAAAAGAGGUACGCCGUGGAAGCAGCUCAGAUCGAGAGCUGGUUCCACUCCCUGGCCAUUGCCAAUCUUCAGGAACUUGAUAUCACCUUCCGUCCCUUGGAAUACACAGCCGAGUACCCUAAGCUUUACCCUCUACCAUCGUCCGUGUUCCUUACUGCAUCAACCCUCCUCUUGGCGAGAAUCGGCUUAUGCGAUUUCCCAAAGGACCUCACACAGCCAUUGAAUUUCCCCCUCCUCAAGCAGCUCCACCUAUGGCGGAUUUCUAUCUCUGAGGAUGUCUUCCAAGGAGUGCUCUCUGGCUGCCAUGUGCUGGAGACUUUAUUUCUGGCAGAAAUCCGUGAUGUCGACUGCCUCCGUGUUAGCUCGCCGACUCUUAGAAUCAUCGUCACUUUAGCUGCUUGUUCCUGUGGCGAAAUGGAAUUGGUCAUUGAGGACACCCCUUGCCUUGAAAAGUUGCUGAUACCUUGGCCAGACUUAGGCCGUGAGAUCAUACGGGUAGUUCACGCACCUAAACUGGAGAUAUUAGGCCAUUUGUCCCCCUCCAUCUCCGAAAUUCAGAUUGCCAGCAUUGUCUUCCAGGUAGCAGCAUCAGGCUCACUUUUGCAUUAG